AUGUCAGUAGCUGAGUAUGAGAAGAAGUUUGCUGAGUUGGCUAGGUUUGUUCCAACCUAUGUAGAUACCGACAGGAAAAGAGCUAAGAGAUUCCAACAGGGGUUAAAAGCAUGGAUCAGGGGAAAACUAGCCAUAUUGGAAUUAGAUACUUAUGCAGCUGUAGUUCAGAAGGCAAUGAUAGCAGAAACGGAAAGCGAAAUGUCUCAGAAAGAGAAAGAGGGAAAGAAGCGUAAGCCAGAGCAUCACGAGGGACAGUUUCAGCAGGGAAGAUUUCAGAACUUUAAUAACCCGAAGAAGGGGAAAUUUCAGCAGGGGAGAAAUCCCACUUUUAAGAAGCCAGAUGUAGGUGGUAGUGGACAAGGUAACCGUCCAGCUAUUGGAAAUCAACCAAGGCCUCCACUGCCGGAGUGCCAGAUAUGUGGAAAGAGACACGGGAGAAUCUGUAAUAGAUUGAAUGUAGUGUGUUAUAAGUGUAAUCAGAAAGGACACUAUUCUAGGGAAUGUCAGAACCCACCAGCACGGACCCCAAUGAUUCGAGAUCAACCAGCAAGGAACCAACCCAAUAGAACUCCAGCAGCUGGGAUAACAUGCUUUAGGUGUGGAAAACCAGGACACAUGGUGAAGGAUUGCAAAGUACCAGCUCCAGGUAACCCUACACUUAGAAUUAUGGGAUCCACUCCAGUAGUCUCAGAAGUUCCCAAAGCCAGAACCUACAACAUGACUAUGAGGAAUGCAGUUCAGGAUGCAGAUGUGGUGGCAGGUACGCUUACUGUGAAUUCUUUAUGUGCCAAGGUUUUGAUUGAUUCUGGAGCUACUAGAUCGUUUAUUUCUGAAGAUUUUGUGCAUAAGUUGAAUCAUCCUAUAGAAUUGCUUAAUGAGGUUAUGAAUAUAGAGUUGGCUAAUCAGGAACGUGUCCCUGUUAGCCAAGUUUAUAGGAAUUGUGAAGUUGAGAUCUUAGGAAGUAAGUUUUGUGCCGACUUGAUACCUUUCAAGUUGGGAGAGUUUGAUGUUAUUUUAGGAAUGGAUUGGUUAUCGAAGCAUAACGCUCAAAUAGAUUGUCGUAAUAAGAAGGUAAUGUUAAGGGCACCGAAUGAGAAGACGAUAGUAUUUCGAGGGCAGAAACAGGUAAAGAAGUUUUUGACUAUGAUUCAAACGAAGAGAUUGUUGCAUCAAGGUUGUGAAGCUUAUAUAGCAUAUGUAACUGAUCAGAGUCGAGAACUUGUGAAGCUUGAAGAUAUUCCAGUAGUAAACGAGUUUCCAGAUGUAUUUCCAGAUGAGUUACCCGGAUUACCUCCAGAUAGAGAAAUUGAAUUUGCAAUGGAUUUAGCACCUGGAACGAACCAGUAUCUAAAGCCCCAUAUAGAAUGGCACCAGUAG